AUGGGGUCCAGCCCGUCUAAUCAUGUGCCCAGCCAUGAUGAGAAUUCAUUAUCUCAUCCACCGCGAAAGGAGAGCCAACAUAUGUUAGCUGACAAGGUUGUGGACCAAUGGGAUAACAGUGACACUGAAAACUCCUCUGGAAGUGCAUCAUAUGAAGUUGUGCCUUAUAAGAGUGCCCAGGGAGAAAACAUCUUUCUUGUGCCGCCUAAAAAAAGAAAAUUCACUAUUGAUACAUAUUUUGUGGAAUGUAGUACUUGCCAGAAAUGGAGAAUUAUACCAAGCAAACUGAAAUAUGAGCAAAUCCGAGAGAACAUUAUACAAGUUCCUUUUUCAUGCAAAUAUGUCCAUGGGUGGAAGCCAAAAGUUACAUGCCAUGGUCCAACUGAUAUAUCUGAGGGUAAUGGCAUGGUAGGGGCGAUCGAUAAACCAGGUAUCCCUCAGGCUCCUCUUGGGUACUAUAUCUGUCCUGCGGGCAGAAAAUUCAGAUCCAUGAAAGAGGUCGAAAGGUGUUUUGAAGACAACCCAGACUAUGCUGCCGUUUUACAGUUAUCUCAGUUUUCGUUCAAGGUACCUAAACCUCCAAAUCGCCCUCGUCAGUCAAAGCUUAUUGAACCGACUAAAGUGCCACCUCCGGUUCACAGGGAUCCGGUGCACAACUACAUGCCGGUCCCUCACGGAGAAGCCAAUCCUCUAACUCACAUACCGGUGACAGUAGCUCUACAAGUACCAGUGAUACGCUCCAAAAAGAGAAAACCAAACCAGUGA